CGAGAUUUCGCAAUGGCUGGACACAACGCAAGCUGUCGAGACUGCGUGUCAUUCGGAGGGACAGAGGACAACGAUUGCACCCAAACGCCGAUCUUGUCUUCUGGUGACGAUCCGACGAAAACUCGAGCUCAUGAUCCUCUGGAUCCGACUACCUUCAUACCACCUACUCGGCUACAGACGCCAUCUAUAAUCAUUGAAUUCUGCGACAGAUGCCGCUGGAUGCAUCGGGCUCAGUGGGUAUCGACUGAGCUCAUGUUGACAUUUGCUCCUCCUUCGAUAAAAUCCGUGACCGUCGUGCCUCACACCGCCGAUGAGACUGCAGGCCGUUUCCGGGUUUGGCUGUUUACAGGGAAAGCAGCCACUGACGUCACCUCCCCCGACGACUCACAAGAAGUCCCUAAGCCUGGAGGCACCAACGCCACCUAUGGGCCCGGCGUGCACCUCGUCUGGGAUCGCAAGGUUGAAGGAGGAUUCCCAGAGCUGAAAGUACUCAAACAACGUAUUCGUGAUCAUAUUCUGCCCGGAAAAUCGCUCGGCCACUCGGACAAAUGAUAAAUCCGUUGCAGGCCGGACCCCGCCGCGACGGUCUCCGCGUACUCGAAUAAGACGGGGCCCUCAGGUUUCCGUGGCGUGUGGGAUACAGACAUAUCUGCGGCAGCUAGAUCGCCUUGUUGCUGCCAAAGACGAUGUAGUAUUGCAUUGAAAUUGACAAACCGUUCAAGGGACAUGUUAAGGUAUGCUUUAGUUACGUGAACGCGGUCCAGCCUGUGCAAAUUAUAUAU